AGAGAGAGAGAGAGAGAGAGAUAGAGAGCUGAGGCUGGACGCCCCGAUGCUGCUCCAGCUCCGUGUGUAUUGACGGAUCUGUGGUAUCAAAGUAGGAGAUAGAGCCCGUAACGAUUAUUUCUGACAGCUACUGUUUUUAUCCUACAUUACUAAAGCGAUGCAGUCCAAGGGCAGCACUUCCUCCCAGCCCUCCUUCGAUUCCCUGAGCUUAAGUGACAGCCUCUUGUUCAGCGACUCGGAGCAGGCCGAGGACGACACAGACGUCUUCCUGACAGACAGCUCUUCCUCAGUCAUCAUCGGCGGGGGGGUCGGGGCUGCGGCCAAUGGAGACAGGGGGUCGGAGAGUCCCGGGUGCCAGUGGACGUGCGAUGAAGAGGAAGAGGAGUCCUACAGGUCGGAGAGCGGCAGCAAGGCAACUCACAUCAGUUUGGACAAGAAAGAGCCGACAAGCCAGAUCCCAAAAUCACAGGGAGACCUGCUGUUUGCUCAAAAGUGUGCUGAGCUACAGGGUUUUGUGAGGCCCAUGCUGGAGCUGCUGAAUGGACUGAAGAGGGGCCGAUUCGAUCGAGGUUUGAGUGGUUUCCAGCAGAGCGUCGCCAUGGAUCGAAUCCAGAGGAUUGUGGGUGUUUUACAGAGACCCAACAGCGGGGAGAAGUACCUGAACACUCUGCUCCAGGUGGAGAUAAUGCUGAAGCUUUGGUUUCCUCAGAUCCACACUCAGGUUGUCUCUGCAGCCUCCAGUGUCGCUGCCUCCCCCACCGCCUCCCCCGCUACCUCCCUCCAUCACACGUCUCGCUCCACCCCGCCUCACAAGCACAAGGAUCAGUUACACAUUCCCGUCAAGAAGCGCAGACUCAGCUGGACAAGUACGGACUCUCCCGCGCCCUUCCCUGUGCUUCUCCAUUGCCCUCGUAGUAGUGCAGAAGAGAAAAGAGUGAAGACAGAUUGUAUUGAAAGGGACGGCACUCCUUCUCCAUCAUUGGCGCCCGAUGCAAACCGGAAGUCAGCGGAUGUGGCCGGCGACAAUCAGCUCCACGAGGACACGCAGGGAAAAGACAGUGACAGCGAGGAACGUAGCAAGCAAUUAAAAUAUAAAGCCGGUCAAAGCUCUGAGCCGAGCCUGACGUGGGUUCACGUCGCUCCCAUCCUGUCCCCGCGAAAGGCAUGCCCUUCCCAUGAGAGCACAACAGUAGCAGUUAACAGUGAGAAGCAGCCCGUCACUCCGCUCCUCCCACUCAGAAGGAGGCGCAGUCCAGAGACACAAGACACCUCCAUCUCUUCGACCACACACUACAAGCACGCACAAAAGCUGAAGAAGCCGCUCCGUUGCCAAAGCCAGCCCAUUACCGGACAACAGAGCGAGAACGCCGAGACAUGUCCGGGUCCAAAUCAGGCUUCUCCCGUCCCUCCUGCGCCUUUGCCAGAGGCGUGCCCCACCCCCCCGUAGACCCGAUGCAUUGAACGAGCAUAGAGCCGGCAGCGUCGCUCUUUUACACCACUGGGCUUAAAGCUGCUGCGUGAGAACGAAGAGGAGAGGUUGAAUGAUUAUAUAUGCAUUAAAGGGAGAAAGGGGAGGAAUACUUGUAUCUUGUAUUUAUCACCUGAUAAAUGAUGGAUCUUCCAAAGAAUCCUCAUCAAAACCACAAUUGCAACCAGUAUUUUGAACAUCAGGAGUUGAUCAUCACAAUUACAUAAUAAUCUAAACCUGCACAAGAGGGGAUAGUGAAGGACACCCAAAACUGAGAGGCUAUUUGCAGCUUAUUGAGCAAUGAUCAUGGGAGAGAUUUUGAAGAAUUAUGAGGAGCAAAUAAAAGUCUCUCCUCCGCAUGAAAGCAAUCACUGUAUUCAGAGAUGACUGUUUCUGCAGACAUCUAACUUGAGGGACUCAAUCCAAAAUUAGAAAAAGAUGAUGUCAACAUUGAGAAUGAAAGCUUCCCAGGUUUAUUUUAAUGAGGUAACUUCAUUGCAGAGUGAGUACCACUUGUAGAUAUAGGAUCUGGCUCGGAGAGGAAGUGUGUGUCACUGUUUCUUGUAGCUAGAAAUGUGAGAAAUAGAGUGUAGAGAAGCAGCAUUAUACUGUAUGUGUGGUGUGUUAGUGUCAUCUGAGCCGGUGGGGAAAAUGAUCAACUCACGAAUGUAAUCCAACAACUGUCUGGGCGCUUUGGGAGGUGAUCAGCAAUCAGAGGUAGACUGUUGUUGUCUUGCUGAGGAUCAGAUGUUUCUGCCUGGUCCACAACCUCAAACUUACCAGCAAUCAGUGUCAGAAAGACUUUGAAAAGACCAGAAGAAAGAACACGGGUCACUCAAAGACGUACGACUCCCACAGUUAAUUUAUUCAUGUGUUGACCGGUCUGCAUUUAUUUAAUGUUUGUAUUUAUUUAUUGGGCAGCUGAAUAUGGCCUGCUGUGCGCUUGCAUAGUUUGGCCGACAUUUGUUUUGAAAGAUGCUGUUGACAGUUUGUAGUUUUUACUGCUAUCAUAAGGGGGAUGAAGACGAAGGAAGUGAAGCGUUAUGAUUGGACUAUUGGACUACUGUGCCUUUUUACCAAAUAGGAUGUGUUCAGAAAAGCAUUUGGUGCUUUCAGUGCGUUUUUACUGCAUCUUGAUUGUUUGCUUGAAUUUCACAAAACCCGUGCACAUUCAAUCGUGAGAGUCAUUUUCACUUUGCUUCUUGAGUUCGUACACACAGCAUAAAAACCAACAGUAUCAUCAGCAAUCCAUGAACUGCUUAAAACCCCGGCUGCCUACAUGUCUAACCUUCCGCUCACCAACAGCAGUGGCUACUAUUGGUCGUAUAGGACUGACGUGUAGCCUCCCGUUGGAGCUUUUUUCUCUCCUUCUGAUCAAUCGAGGAACAGACUGGACCGAACGUGAAGCUGGUGCCCUUGAAAACUUGAAAAACAGAAAGUAUAAUUGUAAGGGAGGAAAUCUUUAUUUGCACCACCCUCUACUGCUGCUAUUAUUAUUUUGAUUCCAGUUCUAAUUUACAUGUUUGAGGAGAAAUCUGCUCACAAUAUUCUUCUAAAUGUAGGAGGGUUUUCUAGCAAUGUGACUAUCGCAAAAGUAUUGUACAUAUUUAGACUCAGAUAUUUUUUUAAUUGAUAUGAGUGGUUCAUACACUAUUUACAUAAAUGGAGAGGGGGAAUGCCCACGUUCCUGUCUCCUCCAAAACAGUGACACCACAUUUGAACACAGACCCACUGGCAGCCUCCAUUUUACUGCCUAUGUUUGGAGUUCAGAGAGUAACGACCCUCAGUCACAGACCCGGAGUCAGACCGUCUUACCUCAUCCCAUCUUCAGACACGACGGUACAAGGUGCCAGACGCUAAUUCUGCAUCAGAGGCUGGGGGCGUCUUCCACCCCACUCCUGUUUUUAUAUGAUUAUGGCAUGACAGAGAAACCAAUUGCACUUCUUUUACAUUGUUUAUGUCCUAUUUACAUGUGUGUUUUCUACUGCAACGACCACGCGGUUGGUCUGGAAUACUAUUUUUUUUUUUUUUUUUUGCCGCUUCAACUGUAAAAGCUGUCUGUAGUUCCCUCCUUGCCUCCCCUCCCCCAACUCUGCUGCAUUUGUCUGCCCUUGCCCCCUCUCCUUCAUCUCCCUCAAUCCUGUUAGGAUCUUUUCUAUCCAAACUCAACUCUCUCUCUUUCUCCACUCAUCUUUACAUGAAAUUACUCUUCUGGCUACUUUUUCAAGAAUGAUGAACGGAAAAAAAUAACUUUUAAUAAAUGACACAUUUUGGAAAGCUGA